CUGUGGCUUUUGCCUGUGAGUGAGCCAGUGAGGUUAGUUUCACUUUGUAAACAAUAGGAAUAGGCUACACAUUCUAUUUCUUCUAUAGAAAUAUUAUAGAUUUAUUUCCUCUAGUAAAUUUUAUUCAAUCUUGUGAUCUAAAAAAGUUGGUCAUAAUUUAAAAGUAGUGUCAAAUUUUUGUACUAAAUAACUUUUAUUUUAUUAGGUGGGUAGGUACGGUAACUGAUUUCGCAUGACAAAUAAUGUAAAAAUGUGACUGCCCUGAAACUACUGUACUGUUGGUUUUACAGAAUUUUAUAUUCUAUUUAUUGCAUUGGAGUUAUUCUCUACAAACUAUGAGUAACAUAUAUGUGCAAGAACCGCCAACAAAUGGCAAGGUUCUUUUGAAGACAUCAGUUGGUGAUUUGGACAUAGAACUGUGGUCUAAGGAGGCUCCCAAAGCAUGUCGUAAUUUUGUGCAAUUGUGCAUGGAAAACUACUACAAUGGAACAAUUUUCCAUAGAAUCGUUAAAGGGUUCAUUGCUCAAGGUGGCGACCCCACCGGGACGGGCACUGGAGGAGAAUCUAUUUACGGCGAGCCAUUCAAGGAUGAAAUACAUUCUAGACUACGCUUUAAUAGACGUGGCUUGGUGGCUAUGGCUAAUGCAGGCAAAGAUGACAAUGGUUCCCAGUUCUUUUUCACCUUUGCUGCAGCUAAUGAAUUGCAGGGCAAGCAUACAAUAUUUGGAAAGAUAUCAGGAGAAACUAUUUAUAAUAUGUUGAAGCUUGAAGAUGCACUUGUCGAUCAUGAUGACAGACCGCAGUAUCCGCAGAAAAUAAUCUCUGCUGAAAUCCUUAGCAAUCCUUUUGAUGACAUUGUUCCAAGAACUAAAAAGAGAGAUGAAGAUUCUGAAAAUCAAAAUGCCAGUGAAGAAGGGAAAAAGAAGAAAAAAGCUGGUGUCAAGAACUACAAACUGCUUUCCUUUGGCGAAGAAGCAGAAGAAGAUGAAGAAGAAUCAGUGGUGGCCAGCAAAGCGUUUGCAGGCAAAAGCAAGUCCACUCAUGACUUGUUGGAUGAUCCCAAGCUGAGUGCAAUGCCAGCUGUCGACAAGGAGCAGUCUUCUGCCAGCGAUCAAGAUAGUGAAACUGACCAAUCCAGACAAAAAACGGUGGAAAAUGUGCGAUCUAAACUAAAAAAGUCUAGCAACAAAUCGAGAAUUCCAGAGCCUGAGCCGGAUAAAGUUGUCGAUGAUGAAGAAGAAUUUGAAGAGUAUGACUUUCAUAAAGAGAAAAGGGAGGAAAGAAAACGUAAAGCGGAAGAAAUCAGAAAGGAGAUAUCCGAUUUGAAAAAAGAUUUCAAGAAAAGUAAACAAAAGAAAGAAGAAGAAGUUGUACGACAAGAGAAGAAGGAUGCUGCCACUGAUAGCACCAUUGAAAAGUAUAAAAAUGAAUUGGCCGCCUAUCAAGAAAAGAAAAAACAACUCCCAUUAAAAGGGGUUUCCAGAGAAGAAUUCACGCUAAGCCUACUCAAUAAAUUCGUUAAGAAACUGCAUUCUGCUAAGGAAAAAACUGAGGAGCCUGAUGAGGAAAAAAGUAAAGAAAAAGAUAGUGCUGCUGAUGAUGAUGUUGAAGCAGGUGGCAGUAAUUGGAUGGCUCACAAGCUCCAGUUUGAAGACAAUGACCCUCUAGUAGCAAAGGAUGCAAAUACAAAAGGAGACGACUGGUUUGAUAUCUAUGAUCCGCGUCAUGCACUCAACAAAAGGCGGCGAGAAGAAAGCAAAAAAUUGAUGGCUAGCAGAAAAAAGGCAGUUGUUAAACUUACUCCUGAUCAAGCAAGUGAUUUCUACUAUGAUCAUUAUGGAAACUUGAACUUCCCUAAGCUGGUGUUGUCCUUGUCAAAAGGGCCCAUAGUAGUUUAUUGCUUGAGUAAAGACAAUGCAAUCAGUGACUGGAAGACACUUUUGGGACCGUCGGAUGUUCGUCAAGCUAAAAAAGAUAAUCCUUUUUCGCUAAGAGCUCUUUUUGGCAACGAAGAAAAAAAUCUGGAUGGAUUGCACGGAAGUGACAAUAGAGACAAGGCUGAAAAUGAGAUACAUUUCUUCUUUCCAAAAAUUCUAGUGGAGCGAUUGAGAUCGGAGCAGGAGCGACUGGACUACUUGAAUGAGCAGGUGGUGCCAGUGGUGCUGGAGGGAUUGGUGGAGGUGUGCCGACUCAAGCCGGCCGAUCCCAUGCUCUGGUUCGCCGACUGGCUGCUCCAAAACAACCCAAACAAACCUCUUCUAGUGGAGCGAUUGAGAUCGGAGCAGGAGCGACUGGACUACUUGAAUGAGCAGGUGGUGCCAGUGGUGCUGGAGGGAUUGGUGGAGGUGUGCCGACUCAAGCCGGCCGAUCCCAUGCUCUGGUUCGCCGACUGGCUGCUCCAAAACAACCCAAACAAACCUCAGGCCUCAUAUAGGGCAAACAAGGGUACGCUGUCCUCACUGCAAGGACCCAUUCGAGUCAUACGGUUAUGCAUACUCAGCAUAAUCAUACCUGGCGCAUUAGUAGGACUGCCACUGUACAUGCGGUACUAUGUAUAUGGUGAGCAGGUCUAUCCAGUUGGAAUGUCAGAUAUGAGACUUCUCGACAGCAGGGUUUCAACUACUUGGUGUCAGAGUCAAACAAUAUGGUCGAAUGCUACAUUCAACGCUUAUCUAAUGGCUGAACAGCCACAAUUGGAAGUGGAUCAUGAGCAUGUCUCUAUGACACGACAUCUCAAACUUGAUGAUGAUAUGAAAGAGUACUGGGGCUUCUAUCUUCUACGUGGAUCCAUUAUUUCAGUAUCAACGUGCACAAGGUGGCCCGGUGCUUCUUUAAUCUUGAUCAAGGGUCACAAACAUCUUCGAGACUGCGCAUACAUCGGAGAUGACUCAUCAGAAGAACUGGACGAGCUCGAGGAAGAUGACAGCAACUCGACAAAGAGUCAUCAGGAUCCGGCGAUCAAUCCGUCCAAAAUGACCAAACUGAAGGACGGCAUUGUGCAUCAUAUGACAGCCUCUAAUAACACUGGCGACUCCUAUGCGAUACAUCACAAGAGGAAAGACCAUUCAUCGGACAGUGACUCAGACAGUAGAGAUGACAAAUCCAGAAAACUGAGAACUGAUCGUAAGCUAGGUCACACGGUCCAUCUUGCUUUUGCUGAAUUGGGUAACAAGUUAGUCCUACCACCGUACAGAAAGCUGUAUGAAAAUGGCGCAGAAAACAUGAACUCCCACACCAAAGCCAAUGCUGUUAACAAGAAAUUUAGCACCAUAAAAACGCCGGAAAAAUCAGCUGAACCCACCCCCAAAAAAUCCACAACUUCUCGAGAAAUAUACGAAGAUGUCAUGAAAAAACUAGAAUCUCUUAAUGAUAACAGGGCAAAAAUGAUUCUAGAACGAUUGAACAGUAGACUUUCAGGCAAAACCGAGACAGGUGAUAGAGAAAGAUCGUCCUCGACACAUGAGAACAACGUGAAGAUUCGUCAUCAAAAGAGCUUAUUCAAUAAAAUUGCCAAUCAAAAUAAGUUGAAUAAGUCCGAAAGUGAAAAUUUGUUGAGGAGAAAGCGAGAGGUUAUUCUGGGAUCACUGAAAGGACCAUUGACGUCUCAUAAUGAAGAAGAUGAUGCUGCCAUGGAGGAGGAUAUUCACCAGCCAGAUGAAAUAGCUGAGAUCAGAGGAACGAUUAAUGAGACAGACGCUUUCGAUAAAUCGAACAGCGAAUUCUGGUCGUCAUUUUCAUCAAGUGAGGAGAGACUUCUGAACUGUGAGGGUCUACUGCUCAACCUGCCUCUCAUGCCACACCAGAGCUGCGAGCUUGGCCAAUCUGAGGGAGCACUGUCAUCUGCUUCAUCCAUGAAUAAGAUAACUUAUAGGGUAACAAGCAAUGGAUACUACUUUUUCGUAUUCAACAGUGAGAACGAAGUUCAAACCAACUACCUCAGAGUCCAUUUUGAUUUAGAAAAAACCAAAUACAACGUGUCGCAGCCGAUCGACUCCUGUCAGAACCAGACUUCCAGCUGCAGCCUACCUCUGAGGUUCUGGUCACAUCAGAAAGUCGUGCUGCAUUUGCCCAUCAGGAAGAACGACUCACUCUGGAAUCAGGAAUUCCUCGCCAUAUCCACUUGCGAGCCGAGAACAACGGUUUACAUGAUUUGUGUGAUAUCAGUGCCGUUGUUCAUCCUUCUAUUCGCGUUCCAGUAAAUAUUCAAUCAAAUCUUGAGGAUGAAUAUUUCUCGAGAAAAUGGAUAUCGUGAAAAGUGUCAUUGAAGUGAUUGUGGUGGAAAAUUACUUCGAAUAUUUAUUUGUAUCUGAUUAAGUCUCAGAGGGACUUAAUUUUUAAAUUCAUAUUCUAGUAACUAGAAUGGACUUCUUUUAAAUAACAUACCAAGAAUAAGAUAGUAUUGUUACUAUUCUAUCUAUUUACCUACCUACUGUAGAUCAAUAUGGCUUUCCGUAUUGCUGAUAGAAUAAGAUGAGGAUUACUGUAAAUAAUAUUGAUAAAAUUUUUAUUAGGCUUAUAUUAUUUUUCAAAUUGUGUCAUUGAAGACAUGAAUGUUUUCAAUGUUAUGAAUACUAGAAUCGUCAAGACUGCGCACAAAUAUUUCCUCUGUGGUUAGCUGGGAGAUGUCAGAAUUUCAAUAAAUGUACUUUUCAAGUCGUUCUUGCGGUAUCUGAAAAUAAUGUAUAAGAUUGUACAAAAAGUAGAAGAUAGAAAACACAUAGAAUGUAGUAGAUUUGGAAUAAUAUUUUUGUCAUAAUUAUCUUUGAGUGUUUUGUAUGAUAUAGUAACAAUGAAUGAGAUUGGUUCCAGUUGCUUUCUGGAAUAAUUGUGUUUUUAGACUAUCUGAGCUCGAACAGUCCCAAAGUUGUUUUAUUUAAAGGUUAAUCUUAUUGGUUCAAUAUUGUGUUUAUCACACUAAUGCUUCAUCCUGGAACGCUAUCUAAAUCCGGAAGUGUGAGAGCUCAGAAAUUUAUAAUUUUGUAAAUACUUGUUACUUAUUAGAGAUUCUUAUUGUUGAAAAUAACAAAUCAAUUACUCAAGGGCAAUAUUGUAUUAUAUAAUGGGGAUAUUCACACUAUCAAUGCAGCUAAUAUCUUAUAGAGCUAAUAUAGAGCUUUUGAGCUAAUAAACAGUUUUUAAGAGAUUAUGUAGAGCUUAUAGAGCUAAUACAGAGCUUAGAGAGAUAAUUAGAGCAAAAAAAAAUAGUUUGGUCAAUAAUAAUUACAGACUACUAUAUAGUAAUACAUUUUAGUAAUUGUAAUUUUUUACUGAAAAAGAGCAGUGAAAAAAUGCAACAAAAGAAAUAAAAUAACUUAUUCAAGGUGUAUCUUUUACUAUGUUUCUAUUACAUUAAUAACAUAUAAGAAUAUUGAGUGUGCUAUCAUGUAAUGCAACUGAAUCAAUGAAUGUGACUAUUUUCAACCAUAUAAUACCCUAUAGUUAUAAAGAGGCUAUAUACAUCUAUGAUUAACAUUGGUAUAUAUAUAUUCAUAACUUGAUGAUAUUUUCAAAUUCCAGGUACCUUAUUAAUGUGGAAAUGUCAUGUACCUGAUUCUUGUGCUGUUAUUUUAAUAAUAGCUAUAAUAAACUAAUUGAAAUUCAUUUAUACCAUGUCGCUCUCAGUGCAAUAUGAUCGAUCAUUGUUCAACUAUAUUAUUAUACUCAGAUACAGAUAAUGUUUACAAAAUAAAUGUUAUAUAAGAUAUAACUGUCCAUGAAAAACAAUUUUUGAACGAUCAUUACAAUACUUGACUAUAUCAUUAUUGACAACACAGAGUAUGAUUCUUAGCUCAAUUAAUAUACAUAUUUUCGUGGAUUAAAGCUAUACAAAAAAGCUACUCAGCUAAUUAAUUAUAUUACUUUUCUUUUGAACGACUGUUCAAAUCACAGAAAUUUUUAAUUCCUGAAUCAUGCAGACUGCACUAUGUACAAAUAUUGAGAGUUGGUUAUUAAAACUGUAAAUUGAUCAUUAAUGUAUGAACACAGGAGAUGAAAGAAUUUCUUCGAAAACUCAGUCUAAUAUUAAGAAUAUCAAUGAUAACAGAACUUUAUAAAUUAUUAUGAACAAAUAUUAUUAUUCUUAACUUAUACUUCAAGAUCGAUGUAAAUUGAUAAUCUUUAUGGAAAAUGUAAGACUGAAUAGAAUUAACUCUUCCACCAAUGCAUUUUUAAAGAUCGAUCUCAAACUAAGUGAUAUAUUAUUUAGAGUGCCUAGUGUACAGUAAGAGUGCCUUGAAAUGGAGUAACCUCUACCUAGAAUUAAAAUGAACGUCAAUGUAGGUUUAAAAGUGAUAUUGUACAAUUAUAGUUGAUUUUGAAUAAAUUCAUGUCUGUAAAGCUA